CCACAAGGCUUCCUUCUCCAUCAAGCAAUCACUUCUGAACUAAAACAGUAUCUUUUGAUCUCUCUUUAUCUCAAUCUACUAAAAUAUACAUAUGGAAAUGAAGGGAAAAUAUUUGGUAACGGUUAUUCUUUUGGUUGGUACGUUAAGUGUGGGGAUGUGUUCUAAUGGUUGGAUUAGAGCUCAUGCAACGUAUUAUGGUGUUAAUGAUAGCCCUGCUUCACUUGGAGGAGCUUGUGGGUAUGACAAUCCAUACCACGCUGGAUUCGGAGCCCAUACGGCGGCGCUGAGUGGUGCGCUAUUCAGAAACGGCGAGUCAUGCGGUGGUUGCUACCAAGUGAGGUGUGACUAUUGGGCGGAUCCUAAGUGGUGUCUUCGAGGAGCGGCCGUGACGGUGACGGCUACAAACUUCUGUCCAUCGAACAAUAAUGGAGGUUGGUGCAAUCUCCCCCGCCACCACUUCGACAUGUCUAUGCCUGCUUUCUUCCGCAUAGCUCGUCGCGGCAACGAAGGCAUCGUCCCCGUCUUCUACCGCCGAGUUGGAUGCAAAAGAAGAGGAGGUGUGAGGUUCACGAUGAGAGGUCAAGGGAACUUUAACAUGGUAAUACUCUCAAACGUUGGCGGUAGCGGCGCGGUGAAAGCGGUUGCGGUGAGAGGCUCAAGAGGGAAGACUUGGCGACAGAUGACUCGUAAUUGGGGUGCCAACUGGCAGAGCUCCGGCGAUCUCCGUGGACAGAGACUAUCCUUCAGAGUUACUCUUCAAGACCGCAAAACAAUGACGUUUCUAAACGUUGUUCCUUCAUCUUGGUGGUUCGGCCAAACCUUCUCUGGUCGAGGCCAGUUCCUCUGAAUGCAAUCCUCGUGAAGAUAAUGUCCCAUUGCUUGCUCUUUCCUCUUUGUAACGAAUUGUGGAGCUAAUUUUCAACUAUUUGCUUACUUAUGAGCUUUGCCCUUUGUUUUUUUGGGCAAUGUUCCUUUGAUCUUGAUUUUUAUUAGUACUAAGUACUAAAUAAUUACAUGCUUUAUCUUUUUUUUUUUUUAUGUUGGUUUGUCAUUUAUGUAUGAGCAUUACUCAAAAAGUUAAAAGAGUUUUGCUGAAUCUAUAUUAAUG